UUAAAUGAAUUGAAUAAUACAAAAUAUUAGCAUCAAAUGAAAGGUAAAAUGAAAGGGAAAGUUGGUCACGUUAAAGCAGUAAACGGCUCCCUCUGCUGUGCUACUCGUGUAUCACUCAACUGAUCCUCUCAAUAAAAAAAGAGAAACCCUAAACGGUAGUGAAGAAAAACAGGAAAUGAUUCAAAUCUUCUCUGCGUUUUUUCACGAUCACUGAAGUUCAUUCUGUUUCCAGCUUCAAGAUGGCUUCUGCAUGGCAAAGUGUCCUGUCUGUGCACCAGAGGAUAGUGGACAAUGGAGACAAGAGGACUGACCCGUGGCUGCUGGUCUACUCCCCCGUCCCGGUGGCGCUCAUCGUCCUGGUGUACCUCUGUGUGGUCUGGGCCGGCCCUCGUCUGAUGAAACACAGAGAACCCGUUGACCUCAAAGCUGUUCUCAUUGUUUACAACUUUGCCAUGGUCGGCCUGUCUGCCUACAUGUUCUACGAGUUCCUGGACACAUCCCGGCUCUCAAACUACAGCCUCCUCUGUCAGCCCGUAGAUUACAGCAACAGCCCGCUGGCACUCAGGAUGGCCAGGGCCUGCUGGUGGUUCUACUUCUCCAAAGUCAUAGAGCUCAGUGACACGGUCUUCUUCAUCCUGAGGAAGAAGAACAAUCAGCUGACGGUCCUUCACAUUUUCCACCACGGUCCCCUGAUGUUCAACUGGUGGGCGGGAAUCAAGUAUGUUCCUGGCGGACAGUCGUUCUUCAUCUGCAUGGUCAACUCUUUCAUCCAUCUCGUGAUGUAUUUUUACUACGGCCUGGCUGCGCUCGGUCCGCACAUGCAGAAGUACCUGUGGUGGAAGAGAUACCUCACCUCUCUGCAGCUGGUGCAGCUCAUGCUGUUUCUCCUGCACUCAGGCUACAACCUUUUUGCGGAGUGCGACUUCCCCGAUGCCAUGAACAUGUUGGUGUUUACCUACUGUGUCACCCUCAUCAUCCUCUUCAGUAACUUCUAUUAUCAGAGCUACCUCAAGAAGAAGCAGAAAUAAAGGCGCAACGGUGAGGCCUCACACACAAACACUGCAGCUUUAUAAGAGGAGCUGACGGUGUUAUCAGCUUGAGUGUUUUCUGUCUGCAGUAUUUGCUAGUGUCCACUAGAGGGAACAACAUGUCCAUUGUUUUAACAUUUUUCUCAUGGUGUCAGACUUGAAAGGCCUGUGUAAUUAAUCCGAACAAUUUGAGUUCCCUCUGCUUUUUCAGUAUCAUAUGUAAUCUAAAUGUGUUUUAAAAAAUGGAGCCAGUGAUCAUUCAAUUAUUUAUUUCUUAAACUGAGAAAUGACAAACAUUCAAAUGAUUGCUGUAAACAAACUGUACAUUUUAUACACAUAAUAAUAAAGUAGGUUUGUUUCUCUGCAUUAUUGCAGAAUUAAUAAGUUCAAACCCUCCUUCAGAGAUUAAUCCAAAAAGACAUUUAACAACAUAAUACAGAAAUGCAAACAUUUGUUUUCCCACUGCUAAAACAACACGGCAAAAUGAUAUAUUCUUUUCUACACUUAAUCAAAUAGAUUGAAAGAUGUAGAUUACAGAGAAUAACACGAGGAGGGAGAGGACAUUUCAUUUCCAUCCAGGAGUGUUGUAGUGUUUGAAGUUUAUGUAUUAAAGAGAGAGUUUGGAUCUUUUGAAGCGGGGUUGUAUUGGGUUAUCUAUAGUCAGAGUCAGAAAUAACCCUUUAAAACUCCAAAGUCGCACAAUAGCGCAAACUGAGGCUGCAGUAGACCAACAGCCCCCAUGUUCUGCGAGGUAAAAUUACUGUUUUUCAUCAGUUUCUCAGUGGCUUCGGAGAGAGCAUAGAUGUGCACCACCAAAGUAAAGUGGUGAAAAUAUACUAAAUAUAGCAUACACUUAAACUGAUUGAUUUGAUUCCUUAGGUGACUAAAAUGUCUUGCUGCUUAGCAGGACGGCACUCUGGUCUGCCUCAUUAAACUCAGGACGUGUCGUAACACUGACUAUAGACAAGUACCUCGUGCAACCACGCAUCAAAAAAAUCCAAACUAUCCCUUAAACACUGAAAAAACUGUAUGUGUAUGUGAUGAGUUCUUGCCCAACAAAUUUGACUGAGUUUAAGAAAUAAAGCAUAUGGAUCUUUUAAAAUAA